UAACCAACCAAUGAAUUCUCGGUAAACAAGCUGGGGCUACACGUGCGUAACUUCCGGGCAGUCGACUGUUUGUAAGUACGCAUUCAACAGGCAAUAUGGAACUGUUCAUCCCAUCUGCAAGGGUUGUCUUGAUGCAGGCAAGCCGGCAUUAGUUCAUUUUGUUAGUCAAUCGGGCAAUCGACGUCCCCCCUUCCAGUUGGCGCCCUCUCGCACUACCAACGGUACUGUCUUGCUCUUUUCCAUAACCAGGACAUGGGACGACGUAGUAAUGGGGCAGAACAGAUAGCACAUGGUUCCCAUGGAUACCUUUGUUGGAAAGGAAGACGCAGAGUAUUGUUUCCCAGCAUACCGUGGGGGAGGGGUAAAACCAAAUACUUUCUAAGCUAUUUGACAGUAGUAUCCAGCACGGGGUCAAAUAGCUUUCUCGUUUGUUGACCGUUCAACUUGUUAACGUGGAGAGAGUGGACGAACCGGAGAUGAGCGGGCUGGCCUCGGCACCAGACCCGCUCGUUACUCCGUCUCAACAACCGCGUCUUGUCAAAGAAGGAUGGCUUCUAAAGAGAGGUGAACACAUAAAAAACUGGAGGCCAAGGUACUUCAUCUUAUUGGAAGAUGGAUCUCUAAUAGGGUUCAAAAGUAAGCCAGAACAUGGUUAUAGUGAUCCACUCAAUAACUUUACAGUUAGAGGGUGUCAGCUAAUGAAGGCAGAUCGUCCCAAGCCCUUUACAUUUAUAAUCCGAGGUCUGCAGUGGACAACGGUAAUAGAGAGAACUUUUCAUGUAGAUUCAGAAAAGGAGAGGGAGGAGUGGAUGCAAGCCAUCCAGUAUGUUGCUGAUAGACUCCAGGAACAAGAUGUAGAAAUGUUAGAUCCACAAGGAAAUGAUGACAUACUUGAAAAACUCAACAUAACACAAACCUCACUCCAUAAAGGAAGAAAAAUAACACUUAACAAUUUUGAGUUCCUAAAAGUCCUAGGAAAAGGGACGUUUGGUAAAGUCAUUCUUUGUAGAGAGAAAGUCUCAAACUUGCUUUAUGCCAUUAAGAUACUAAAAAAAGAAGUUAUUAUUCAGAAGGAUGAAGUUGCCCAUACACUAACAGAAAAUAGGGUGUUAAGAAACACAAACCAUCCUUUUCUCAUAUCUCUCAAAUAUUCAUUCCAGACAGCUGAUCGGUUGUGCCUAGUGAUGGAGUACGUAAAUGGAGGUGAGCUCUUUUUUCAUCUGUCAAGGGAAAGAAUUUUUGCUGAAGAAAGAACUCGUUUCUAUGGUGCUGAAGUUCUUCUUGCUUUGCACUACCUCCACACUCAAGGAAUUAUAUACAGAGAUCUGAAGUUAGAAAACUUGCUCUUAGAUAAAGAAGGACAUAUCAAGAUAGCGGAUUUUGGUCUUUGUAAAGAGGAUAUAAUAUAUGGAUCAACAACUAAAACCUUUUGUGGAACACCUGAAUAUUUAGCACCUGAGGUAUUAGAAGACACAGAUUAUGGCAGGGCAGUGGAUUGGUGGGGGUUAGGAGUUGUCAUGUACGAGAUGAUGUGUGGGCGUUUACCAUUUUACAAUCGUGACCACGACAUUCUCUUUGAACUGAUUUUAGUUGAAGAAGUUAAGUUCCCAAAAUCACUCUCUCCUGAAGCAAAAAGUAUUCUAAGUGGUCUUCUUGUUAAAGACCCCAAAAAAAGACUUGGUGGCGGGCAGGACGAUGCUGGAGAGAUUAUGGUCCAUCCAUUUUUCCGUGCAAUUAACUGGCAGGAUUUGCUGGAAAAAAAGGUUACACCACCCUUCAAGCCUCAGGUGACAUCAGAUACUGAUACUCGAUACUUUGACCAAGAAUUUACUGGAGAAACAGUAGAGCUGACCCCUCCAGAUCAAGCUCCUCUAAACUCCAUAUCUGAAGAAAUGGAACAGCCUUACUUCCAGCAGUUUUCCUUCCAUGGCAGCAGUGGUGUACUUGGACAUACUACAGACCACUGAGUUUUUAAUUGUGGUAUAUUUGACACUGCAUAAAUUAUUUCUUGUUUGUGACAGUACAAGUAAUAACCCGUAGUAGGGGUAGAUCAGGAGGCUUUUAUGAUUCACAAUCCUAAAGUUUGAGUGUGUUAUCAUAGUUACAAUGUAUGAUAUUGAAGGCUUUUAACAGUUUUUGUAUAAGUUAAGAGAAGUAUAUAUUAUAUGAAUUAAAGUGUGUCAGUGAAUGUUGUAAAAAGUUUAUUUUUCGUAUAAUUAUAAUCCUGAUGCACAAAUGAGUGUAAAUUUAUUUCAUUGUUUUAAUGAAUGUUGUAAAGUGAUGCAGGUGCCUUUUGGCAACUUGUUAACUUUAUACGUAUAGAUUAUGUUUGAAAUCAUACCUGGUUGUGUGUAUAAUUCAUUAAUUGUUUGUUCUUGUGCCUCACAAAGUAUAUUUGCUUGUUUUGUAAAUAUUUACAUCUACUGUAACACUUAUGGCCAGCCACGCGUGUCCAUUUUUUGAGCAAACCUAUCCAGCCUAUUUUAUUGUGAUACUUUUAUUUCUCACUAGUUUAAGUUUUCAAGGUUCCCACAUGGAAUUUCAGAUAUGUCAUUAACAUUCCCAAACACUAUCUUGUUAAAUCACCUUUAAUUGAAAGUUGUCAAGCCUUAUUGUAUUAUAAAAAUCAGACUGGAUAGAUGAUAGAUCAAAACAAUAUUUACAUAACAGUGUAGAUUAUAGCGUAUGGUGUUUACCAAUAACUCAAAUAAUUUUGGUUUGACUGUAUAUAUUAUUGUAGGCUUGUAACAUUGAAUAGAGAACAGAUGCAAAUAUCAGGAAAAUUUUGAUUGUUAGAGAUAUUAUGGGAAAUCUCUUGAUGCUCUUUUUAAGUUUUUUAUAUGUCUUCGGGGUCAUUGGUUUUUAUAUAGAUAAGUGUGAUAUGCUGAGGAAUACGAAGCAUUGAAAAUGUUUGUAAUUUGUUCCAUCACAUGGGUAGGUUUAUGGCUUUAAUAUCAGUGGCAUAAACAUAAAAUGAGCUCAUAACAAUGUCAACUUCUGUACUGCCUAAGUAAAGUAUUUUAAUUACAUUUGCUUAACCAUUUGUGGUUUUUUUUCUUGUUUUCACCAGAUUUGUAAUGCAGUUUCCAUUAACUACAGACUAGAUAACUAGUCAAACCCAUGUCACAUCCUAUAGUAUAUACUUUUAGAAUUUAAAAUGUUUGUAUUAUGGUUGUACUUUCAUUAUUUUUACACCACAAUAUAUUUACAGGCAUAUGGUAUUGUUAUAAAACAAUCUUGGAUUUUUAUGAUGUCCAGCUAUAAUGUAGGCAAAUUUUAAAAAGUUACAUUACAUAUUUGGGAUACCUCGGGAAACUUAUUACAAAUACUAAAUCAUGGUCUUUCGAAAGCUAGAAGUAGGAAACAAAAAAAAUAACACAGGAUGUAAUGUAUUAUUUUUAAUUGAAUAGUUACUAUAAAAGUAUACUUCUUCAAAACUUAAAUCUAAAGAUGAGAACAGUAAUAUCUAAGUUACAAUAAAAGCUUGUAUAUUUGGUAAACUAAGGGAGAUAUUAUCUUACCUUUUAGAAUAAUUUGUUUUCAAGAGUUACAGCUGCUCAUUAUUCUAAAUUUUGUUACUGAAUUAUCAGGUGUUUAGUAUUGUGAAGUAUUAUUAAUUUUAAUAAUAAGUUUCAAGAGAUUAUGCUGUUGUUGCGUGUUGUUGAUGGUUCUGUUUAUUGUGUCCAAUAUUUACAUUGUUUCUGCUUUCAUUAUUUGAUACACAGCUGCAUUAAAAGAAAUAAAUGUUUAAACUUCAACUUCCAGAAUGUAUCUUAUUAUUCUUGUAUAAGUUAGAAGUAACAUUUAACUUGGAAAUAUUCUACUCUGAAGUUGAAUUAUAUAUAUAUUUAUGUACCUAAUGUACCUCAGGUGUGUAUCCAGGAUUUUUUUUGGGGGGGGGGGGGGUUCAAAUUGAAUGAAUAUCAGAAAAUCUUUGAAAGUCUUUCUAAGUCAAAUACUUGACAUUUCCAUUGGUUUUUAUUGGUCUCUUCCAUUGGAGAAUUAGCAAUAAGAAAUCUGAAUGACCAUUGAGAACAUCUUUUUUUGACAGUCAUACCAAUUAAAAUUAUUCUUUUGAAGACCUGUGGUGGGUUUUAAAUCAAUCAUAAUAUUUUUGAAGAGAAAAUCCUUUAUGAAUAUCUUCAACAUUUUAUAUAUUACAGAUCGUAAAAACUUUUUUCCAUACAAGAAUACAAGCAUAACUGAUCCCAGGAAACAAUUAAAUUGUAUAUUUAUACCACUUGCAUCUCUGUUUCCUUCUGUUUUAUUUUUUAUGUUGAAAGAGAUGAGGUCCAGAUGCAUAGACUCCUCUCCACUGGAUCCAAUCUUGUUACCUGUUCAUUAAUAUUAUUUAGUAGUAAUUUCAUAAGGAAAUUUGAGAAUUAUAUUUUAAUAAUGAGUAGCAUGUGAUUGAAAAUGUGUUCAGUAUACUUGUGUUAUAAUUGUUCGCAGAUGGCAUUGGUGUUGAAAGUACCUACAUCUUGCUUUAGUUAUGCUACUAGAAACUUAAUUUAUUUAAAUCAUUGUGAUUACUCCUUUUUUUCAAGAUUGUUUUAAAAGACAAAAUGUAUAGAAAAAUACAGCAACUCAUAAAAAAUUUAUCAAUUCGUUUUGAUGAAAUUUUAAUGUUUUUUUUAAGUUGUUGCUUUUAAUAAUCCUUUCAGAAAUACAUAUUUACUACUGAAAUUUACUGCUUUUAAUGUAAAUCAUUUUUAAGAUAC